AUGUGGACGGCGUGGUGUGUGGCUGCUCUAUCCGUGGCGGCUGUGUGUGGCAUCCCUCAAGAAGCCAACACUGUCCUCAGGGUUACCAAAGAUGUGCUGAGCAAUGCCAUCUCGGGCACCCUGCAGCAAAGUGAUGCUCUCCGCUCGGCCCUGAGAGAGGUGCCCAUGGGUGUCGGCGGCGUUCCCUACAAUGACUUCCACGUUCGAGAACCGCCCCCAAAAUAUACCAAUGGCAAGCAGCUCGGGGGUAAUUACAAGUAUGGUCACAUUGAGGCCAAUGACAACACUGCUCAGCUGGGGGGCAAAUACCGCUAUGGUGAGAUCGUUGAGUCUGAUGGAAGCAUCAGGGACCUCCGACAUAGCAACUACCGCAGCGCUGAGAGUGCACACGGCAGCCACCGGGACCACGGGCGGUUCAGGUCAGCUGAAGGUGCACCAACCAUGGGCCGACUUCGCCGGCGAGAGCUGCGGCCUGGAGAGCUCCCCCCCGGUGUCGCCACAGGGGCCCUGGGCCCAGGCGGUUUGCUGGGCACUGGGGGCAUGCUGGCAGCCGACGGCAUCCUAUCGGGCCAAGGCGGCCUGCUUGGCGGAGGUGGUCUCCUUGGUGAUGGAGGACUUCUCGGAGGAGGGGGCGUCCUGGGUGUGCUCGGCGAGGGCGGCAUCCUCAGCACCGUGCAGGGCAUCACAGGGCUGCGCAUCGUGGAGCUCACCCUCCCUCGGGUGUCUGUGCGGCUCCUGCCGGGCGUGGGCGUCUACCUGAGCCUGUACACUCGUGUGGCCAUCAACGGGAAGAGUCUUAUUGGCUUCCUGGACAUCGCCGUGGAAGUGAACAUCACGGCCAAGGUCCGGCUGACCAUGGACCGCACGGGUUACCCGCGUCUGGUUAUUGAGCGAUGUGACACCCUCCUGGGAGGCAUCAAAGUCAGACUGCUGCGAGGGCUUCUCCCCAACCUCGUGGACAAUUUAGUAAACCGGGUCCUGGCCAACGUCCUCCCUGACUUGCUCUGCCCCAUCGUGGACGUGGUGCUGGGUCUUGUCAACGAUCAGCUGGGUCUUGUGGACUCUCUGAUUCCUCUGGGGAUACUGGGAAGCGUCCAGUACACCUUCUCCAGCCUCCCGCUUGUGACUGGGGAAUUCCUGGAGCUGGACCUCAAUACUCUGGUUGGGGAGGCUGGCGGUGAUCUCAUCGACUAUCCGCUGGGGCGGCCGGCCAUGUCUCCCCGGCAGAAGAUGCCAGAGUUGCCCCCCAUGGGCGACAACACCAACUCCCAGCUGGCCAUUUCUGCCAACUUCCUGGGCUCAGUGCUGACCCUCCUGCAGAAGCAAGGGGCUCUGGAUAUCGACAUCACUGACGGCAUGUUUGAAGAGCUUCCUCCACUCACCACGUCCACACUGGGAGCCCUGAUUCCCAAGGUAUUCCAGCAGUAUCCCGAGUCCCGCCCCCUCACCAUUAGGAUCCAGGUGCCCAACCCACCUACAGUGACACUGCAGAAGGACCAGGCGCUGGUGAAGGUGUUUGCCACCUCUGAGAUCAUGGUCUCCCAGCCCAAUGACGUCGAGACCACCAUCUGCCUCAUCGACGUGGACACAGAACUCUUGGCCAUGUUUUCCGUGGUGAAUGAUAAGCUCAUGAUCGACGCCAAGCUGGACAAGACCAGCCUCAACCUCAGAACCUCAAAUGUGGGCAAUUUUGACGUCGGCCUCAUGGAGGUGCUGGUCGGGAAGAUCUUUGACCUGGCGUUCAUGCCCGCGAUGAAUGCCGUGCUGGGUUCUGGUGUCCCUCUCCCCAAAAUCCUCAACAUCGACUUCAGCAAUGCAGACAUCGACAUCUUGGAGGACCUUCUGGUGCUGAGUACUUGA